AUGAACAGAAACGCGCGGAGGAAGGCAAGAAGCUUGGAUUCUAAUUUUGAUUACGAUGACAACGACUUCAAACUGCGCAGAUCCUGGCUAGAUAGACUGUCUUCCCAGAGGUACUUUCCAAAAUCCAGACACAACGUCGCGUAUGCUUUGAUAGCGCUGUUCCUCUUUGCCUUCAGCUUAACCAAGUUUCUUAUGUGGUAUCUUAAUCCGGACAAAGAACCACUGCCUUGGCGAUCCUACUGCCAGGAAUCAUCUCCAUUCCCUCAUCAACUCGCAGACAGUCUCCCUCCCGUUACCAUCCUUGUUGGCGUUAUGUCCAUCGAUAGAUACGCUGAACGGAGGAACGUUAUUAGACAGACUUACGCCCGGAAUGCUUCUCCUAGAGAUAGCAGGCAUAUUCAAGUCGUAUUCGUUAUUACAAAUCCUAGAUCUUCACUUAGACACGCUGUAUACCUUGAACAAGAAACCUUCGGCGAUCUCGUUAUCCUCGACGUGAAAGAGAAUAUGAAUUCGGGGAAAUCUUACGAAUUCUUUAAUUGGGCUUCUAAAUAUGCUUGGUUGCCUGAUCCUGCUACUCUUCCCACGCACCUCAUUAGCUUCCCUUCUGCAUACAACAAUCCACAUGAGAACAUGCUCAAUGACCUUCAUCGCAUUAAUGAUAAGGAUUUGGAGAAAGAAUUGUUUGGUUUUGAUCGUACGGUCAAGGAUCCUUUCAUUACUAAUGAUGAUGCUGCUGCUCAACACGCCGCUGUGGAUUUAACUGUUACCCACCCUAAUGCCCCACAAAACUCUAACCUAGAAUACAAAAGACCUGACUUUAUUGUUAAAGCAGACGACGACAGUUUUAUCAUUCUCGGCGAAUUAGAAAGACAUCUUCGCAUUUUACCAAAAUCGUUGAUUUAUUGGGGUUAUCUCGUUAAAAAUAAAUUCAUGGGAGGUCAAGCAUACGCUCUUUCGUUCGAUAUAGUUAAAUGGAUGGCAAACUCAGAGUUCGUCAGGAAUCAUAGAAAUGGUAGAGAGGAUAAGGUGACAGCAAAUUGGGUGAGGCAUCAUCCACAGGCUCAUGAUAUUCAAUGGGUCAGUGAAAGCUGUUGGAUAUACAACCACCCAAAAACCCACACAGUUUACAGUCAUGGCUUUUUGUUCCCAAGUGAAGUGACAAAAAUUAGACAAGAAAGCAUACCUGGUACUAUCGGUGAAGAGGAGCAGAUAAGGCGCGGUCAGGGAAAUAAAAAUCACUCUGAAGCUUACUCUACAGUGUUUAAAUGGGGUCAGAAGUAUGCUGAGCCUCUAAAUCAUCUCAGUGCAGUGGAUAGAGUGGCUGCAUUGGUUGAAGGUGCAGAUGAGAGUUUGAGUAAAGAUGAAAAAAAGUUUGGUAUACUUGGAUCUCCUCGUCAAACGUUAAGUGAACGGUAUGAGGGUAGACCAUGGGGUGGGACGGUGAUAGUACACUUUAUAAAACGCCACGAAUGGUUCUACGAAACAGCACUUGCAUUUCUAACAGACUGGUCACUAAUACCCAAGACAACACCGAUCGCAUCCAAAAACUACUGGACCAAGACAAUAGCGCUCAACAAAGAUGACGAUUUUGAUAGACAGAGAGGUUGGAGACUGGUUGAUAGCACAGACGUUAAGAGCGUGGAUAUAUAUCGAUUCAAAACAACAGUCGAUCCCUUUCCGACGAGUUGA